CGGGAGACUAGCUCACGGCCGGCAUGGAGGUAACGCGUCGUAUUCUCGUUCUUUGCAGGGUGAGGGUGAUCUCCCACUAUUCCAGCACAGUGCUUCCAGGAUUCCAUGAUCGAUCUUCUUUCUUCUCAUCCGCCAUGACGGUCGUCAGGAGCAAAUCCUUCGGCGGCUUUGCCUGCAAGGAGACUAAGGUCGAAAUCCCGGAUCAGCAGCAGGAUGACGAGCUCUCGCGGCUGAUUUCUCCUUCGGAAUCCUUCUCCUUCGGCCACCAGCAACAGAGGCGGCGGAGGAGUCCGAGCAGCGAAUUCUCGGGCCAGAUCCAGUCGCAGCAUUCGUUCCGCGAGGAUGUCUCUCACGCAGCAUCCGAGACAUAUCUUCUUACCAGGCUCACGUUCAAGCUCUUGAGAUACUUGGGGAUUGGCUAUCGAUGGAUGGUGAAAUUCAUUGCCUUGAGCCUGUACGCUACCUUUCUUAUGCCAGGAUUUAUUCAAGUUUCUUGGUACUAUUACUUCUCAAAGCGAGUACAUAGAAGCAUCGUGUAUGGUGAUCAGCCGAGAAACAGAUUGGACCUUUACUUACCAGAGAAAACUGACGGAUCUAAGCCUGCAGUGGCUUUCGUUACUGGUGGCGCGUGGAUUAUCGGAUACAAAGCGUGGGGAGCUCUUCUGGGUCGUCAGCUUGUCGACAGAGGGGUAAUUGUUGCGUGUAUAGAUUACAGGAACUUUCCUCAAGGUGGGAUAAGUGACAUGGUUGCCGAUGUAUCAACGGCACUUUCGUUUUUCUGCAAUAACAUUUCGAGCUAUGGUGGGAAUGUAGACAGGCUGUAUCUAGCUGGUCAAUCUGCUGGCGCACACAUUGCUUCCUGCGCUCUCGUCAACCAGGCUAGGAAAGAGGCCAUCCACGGAAAAUGCAAUCUUUUGUGGAGUGCCACCCAGUUCAAGGCCUUCUUUGGCAUAUCUGGAGGAUACAAUCUUUUCAAGCUUGUAGAUCACUUUCAUAAUCGAGGCCUGUACAGAUCGCUCUUUCUGAGUGUAAUGGAAGGGGAAGGAUCGUUAGCACAGCAUUCUCCGGAAAUAGUUGUUAGCAGCAGAGAAUUUCAGCCGGCCGUGCCUUUGCUACCGACCAUGGUUUUGUGCCAUGGGACGGCCGACUACUCAAUUCCUCACAGCUCGAGUGUUAGCUUUGCCGAGGCACUAGGACGUGUAAAUGCGAAUGUGGUCACUAAUUUUUACAAGGACAAGACCCACACCGACAUCAUCAUACAGGACCCAAUGCGUGGGGGCAAAGAUGAGCUUCUUUACGACAUACUCGAGGUGAUAUACCGAGACAACGAGGCCGAGGUUGAUCGAGGGCGGCUGGAUAGACGGAUGCUGCCAGAGAUUUUGCUCAAGCUCGCGAGGAAGGUGAGUCCCUUCUAGCAGCACCUCCGUGAUACAUAUGUACAAUAUACGAGUGUAUCUAUCAAAGAAAUCAAUAGAGAUGUUUGGUUUUCCUGGCGUCAAA